AUGGAUACAAAACCUUGUAAAGUUUGUGGUGGCACUGACUUAAGUCUCGUAGAUGGCUUUUAUUACUGCGUGGAAUGUGGAACCCAAGAUGUUGAGGCCAGAGAGACUGUUGUAGAACAGACCAUUCUUGCUGAUGGUACCUUCGCCCAUACUACCACAAGAAAAUUAACUACAAUAUUAAAUAAUUCACUUGAAAUGAGUGGAGAAUGGAUGAAAUGGCAUGCUUAUAAUUUUAUACUCGCCGGUUUAACAGAAGAAUUGAUAGCAGUGGGAGCUAAGACAAGUGUUAAGAUGGUAGUGUUGUGGAUCUGGACCAAAUAUAUAAAAAUGUUUCAAGAUAAAGAAGCUUUGAGGAAUAAAACUCACUUUGAAAACGGGAACUUAUUUGAAACAAAUGAAUUUCAAAAAGAAAUUUUAACAGAUAGCAACAGUACAGAAAGCGAUGAAGAAAUUUACAAAUCAAAAAAAAGAAAGACUAAAAAAAAAGAUAGUGAUAAAUUUAAAAGAGACAUAAUAAUAGUGACUAAAGGAACUUUAUUAACUAUCCUAUAUGUUGCAUUAAAUUUAGACAGAAGUGAUAUUCAACUCUCGCAUUUAUUCAGAUUCAUUAAAGAGGGAAGGUUAAGUUUAUUUAAUUGCGCUAAGUUUGUCCCAAAAGAAAUAAACAUGAAGUCGAUUCCACACUGGAAAAGUUUUGUUCUUUGUAGAAAUGAUUAUACACCAAAAGUCAUUAGAGCAUUUGCUAUGACUUUCUUUAAGCGUCUAGACUUAGGUGUGCCUCUAGUCCCUGAUUUAACUAAAAUGAUAUCUAAUUUUACUAAAGAACUAUGUUUACCAAAUGAUUUUAAACAUUUAGUUCUGUCUCUUAUGGAUCUCAUGCCGUGUGAUUUCCUUAAACUAGAUUCUCAAUCCAAAAAGACUCUCAUACGUAUACCAGAUUAUGAGGGUGUUUGUAUGUCUUAUAUGCUUGUAGCCCUUAAAAUGUGUUUUGGUCUUGACUGUGAUUAUGAAAUAAGGCUUUCUAAUGAAGUUGAUAAAAUAAAUAAUGAAAAGAAUCACUUGAAAUCCUAUAAACUUGGCCUCUAUUCUGAUUUAUCAGAUAGAUUGUUUUCAUAUAAUGAAUGGUAUCAAUAUUUACAGUUCAGAAAAAUGAUUCUUUGCAAAAACUACUUACCUAUGGCGCGAAUAUACAAUUUACAUGUUGAUGAUUGUGUACUUAUGGAACAAUUAGAAGACCGAGGUCCAAAGAAAAUGAAGUUAAGUGACGAUGUAACUAUGGAUAUAAUAAAUAAGAUCUUAGUGAAUAAUGAAAUAUCUGUGAUCUCCAAAAACGAAUUUCCAAGCACACUUACCCCAAUGACUACUUACACUGAAGUAAUAUUGCAAUACAUUCAGGACCCAGAUAUGAGGCUACUUCUUUGUGAGGACUUUACUCAGUAUUCUCUAAAAUAUGCCAUAAAUCAAUUAAGACUACCAGAUUCUACAGAUGAUUCAACAAACUUCAUUAUAGGUGUUAGAGACACAAAUAAAACCAUUAAUCCUUUUGUGAUUGGAACAUUGAAAUCAAAAAAAGGAGAUAAUACAAUGGUCUUUGUAAGGAAUUGUGAGAACAGAAACUGGCUUAAAACUAAGCCUCCAUCUAUUGAACAUGUUACCAAGCUCAAUGAUAAUAAGAAAAAUAGCGAUAAAGAAAGUGAUAAUGGCUAUGAAUCUAAUCUAGACUGUACUCCAGUCGAGAGUGAUGAGACACAACUUAAGGAGGAAUCGGAAAAAGACCACGUUGCGGAAGAAAGAGUUCUUGAAACUAUUGAAGAAGAAGAUGAUGGUGUAAAUAUUUUUGAUGACUAUUUCACAAGUUUAGAUGAAAAAAAUGAAGAAGAAAAACAUGGAAGAAGUGUGGUCGAUACCGUCGAAGGUUUCAACAAUUUCUAUGACAGCAAUAUACACAUGCAAGAUACCUUUAAUGAUGACUCCAAUAGUAUAGAAAACGAAGAAAUUUUCGAUCCAAAAACGUUUGACAGACAUAAAGUCAUAAAUGAAUUAAUAGAAAUAGCGUGUAAGAAAUACAAAAUACCAAUUCCAAAACAAAAUGGAACACGAGAAAGAACAACAACUAAAAGAAAAAGGAAUGACAAUAACGUUCAAAUCGAUGUUAAUAAGAGAAAGCGAAAUGAUGAAGAAGCUAAUAAUGCAAAAUUAGCUGUUAAAAGUCUUAUUUCAGCCUAUUAUGAAACAAUCGAAAAAGACGCACUAGCUAAUGUAAUAGAAAAUGUUAGAUCCUAUAUAGACAAUAUCAAUGAAGAGGGUUUAAAUAACACGAGUACAGUCAGUAAUGCUAACAACGUUAGUAACAUACAAGAUAAUGAGAUGGAAAAUGAAAAUAACACACAGAAUUAUACGAACAAUGAAAGUAAUGGGAACGAUGACGUUAAUACAUCUGUUAUUAGCAGCAUUCACCCAAGCUACACAUUAAACGAUACAAAUUUAGAAGAAGACGACACUCUCGACGAAUCAGUUGUUAAAACCGAUCCAAAAUUUGAUACGAAGACACACGAUAUAAAACAGUUAUACAUAAAAUUAAACGAAGAUCUAGAUUUAGAUGAAACUUUUAAUAUUGAAGAUGAUGUAGAAAUUGAAAAAAUAAUACAAAAGAAAAUAGAAGAGUUUGCGAACAACGAAAAUAUAUAUGAAAAUUUGGCAGAUGUUAAGAAUUUUGAUGGUAGUGAUUCUGAAGACGACUUGCCUCUUAGUGAAUUAGCAAAUCAAAAGAAAUCUUAUACAGAAAGGCGAGAUAGGUCAAACGCUAAGUUGGAUAAUUUAGUAGAAAAUACGGAUUUAAAAGAGUUUAACUACUGGGUAAAGCAUUACAAGUCACGACUGAUGAGAUGUGUAGACAUGAAUCAAAAAUUUGACUUAGAACUAAUGAAAAAUUGCCCAGUAAGCUUUGUAUUCGUGAUACACGAAUGUGCAGCCAUUUUAAAUUGUACAACUUUCAGUCUUUACAAAAGUAUGCAGUAUUUAGAAGAAAUUAUGCUGAGUUAUAGGACU